AUGUCUACUUCUCAUUACCUUCAUCAUUACACUCCACAUCUCAUUACCACACUCUUCUUCUUGUUUCUUAACUUUUCUUACCUCCACGCAAAUGAACUUGAGACUCUCUUAUCAUUCAAAUCCUCAGUUCAAGACCCUCUAAGACACCUCUCUUCUUGGUCUUACUCUUCCACUAAUGAUGUGUGCCUUUGGAACGGCGUCGUUUGCAACAACUUAUCUCGUGUCGUCUCUCUCGAUCUCUCCGGAAAGAACAUCUCCGGCAAGAUCCUCACUUCCGCUUCUUUCCGGCUACCUUUUCUACGAACCAUCAACCUCUCCAAUAACAGCUUUUCCGGACCAAUCCCUCACGACAUUUUCACCACUUCAUCUCCUUCUCUUCGUUACCUCAACCUAAGCAAUAACAACUUCUCUAGCUCAAUCCCUCGAGGCUUUCUUCCAAAUCUUUACACGUUAGAUCUUUCCAACAACAUGUUCUCCGGUGAAAUAUCCCAUGACAUGGGAUUUUUCUCUAACCUUAGAGUCCUCGAUCUCGGUGGGAACGUUUUAACCGGCCAUGUACCGGCCUCUCUUGGAAACCUGUCCAAAUUAGAGUUCUUAACGUUGGCCUCAAACCAGAUAACCGGAGGUGUACCGGCGGAAUUAGGGCUGAUGAAAAAUUUGAAAUGGAUAUACUUGGGAUACAACAAUCUCUCCGGCGAAAUUCCUUACGAACUCGGUGACUUAACCUCUCUCAACCACCUUGAUCUCGUCUACAACAAUCUCUCCGGACCCAUACCUCCUUCACUAGGAAACUUGAAGGAGCUUCAACACAUGUUUCUAUACCAGAACAAGCUCUCCGGUCAGAUCCCACCUUCCAUUUUCUCCCUCCAAAACCUUAUCUCUCUCGACUUUAGUGAUAACUCGCUAUCCGGAGAGAUCCCUGAGCUCGUGGCUCAGUUGCAAAGCUUGGAGAUUCUCCAUCUCUUCUCUAAUAACCUAUCCGGAAAGAUUCCACAAGGUGUAACGUCUUUGUCACGUCUACAAGUUCUUCAGCUGUGGUCCAACAGAUUUUCCGGCGAGAUUCCAGCGAAUCUUGGGAAACAUAACAACCUCACUGUUCUUGAUCUUUCUACCAACAACCUCACAGGAAAACUCCCUGACACUCUCUGUGACUCUGGUCACCUCACCAAACUCAUCCUUUUCUCUAACUCUCUCCACGGUGUAAUCCCACCGAGUUUGGGCGCGUGUGAGAGCAUAGAGCGCGUGAGACUUCAAAACAAUGGCUUCUCAGGCGAGUUACCACGAGGGUUCACUGAGUUGCAACUCGUUAAUUUCGUGGACUUAUCAAACAACAACCUCAGAGGGAACACGGGUACAUGGGAUAUGCCACAGCUUGAGAUGUUAAAGUUGGAAAAGAAUAACCUUUCCGGUGAAUUACCGGAUCUUUCUAGAAGCAAGAGACUCAAGAAGCUCGAUUUAUCAGGGAACAAGUUCUCUGGAGUGGUUCCCCUUGGACUCACGACGUUCCAAGAGCUUAUGGAUUUGGAUUUAAGUGAGAACGAGAUCACGGGAGUUAUCCCAAGUGAGUUGUCUUCUUGCAAAAACCUAGUGAAUCUUGACUUGAGCCACAACAAUCUUACCGGAGAGAUCCCUUCGAGUUUCUCGGAGUUCCUGGUUCUCAGCGAUCUUGAUCUGUCUUGCAACCGAUUAUCCGGUGAAAUUCCAAAGAAUUUAGGGAACAUCGAGUCUCUUGUUCAAGUCAACAUCUCUCAUAAUCUUCUUCAUGGAAGCUUACCAUCAACGGGAGCUUUUCUUGCCAUAAACGCAACAGCAGUCGCCGGUAAUAACGAUCUAUGCGGCGCAAAUAACUUCGCUGGUUUACGUCCUUGCAAGGUUGUAAGAAAGAGAAGUUGGUGGUUUGUCGUCACUUCAACCUUUGUAGCUUUCUUGGCCGUUCUCGUCUCCGCUUUCUUUAUCGCUCUCGUCUUUCGAAGGACGCAUAACGUUUUAGAGGUCAAGAGAAUGGAACAAGAAGAUGGUACAAAGUGGGAAAUUCAAUUCUUCGAUUCAAGAUUCAUGAAGUCCCUUACGGUGAAUGCGAUUCUAUCAUCUCUCAAGGAACAAAGCAUUCUUGCGGAUAAAAACGGCGUCCAGUUCGUUGUUAAGGAAGUCAAGAAGUAUGUUUCUCUUCCCGAGAUAUCCGAACAUAGGAAACUUCCGGAGCACAGGAACAUUCUUAAGCUGGUGGCGACAUGCUGGUCCGAAAAAGUGGCCUACUUGAUACACGAGGACGUCCAAGGGAAACCACUGAGCCAGAGUUUGAAUGGUUUGAGUUGGGAGAGACGGAGGAAGAUUAUGAUGGGAACUGCAGAAGCUCUUCGAUUUUUACAUUUCCGGUGUUCUCCGGCGGUUUUUGCCGGUGAUUUAUCGCCGGAGAGUAUCGUUGUCGACGUCAAAGAUGAACCAAGGCUCUGUCUUGGUCUUCCGGGCCUAAUUUGCAUGGAUGCUGCGUACAUGGCCCCAGAAACGAGGGAGCACAAGGAGGUGACAAGUAAGAGUGACAUCUAUGGUUAUGGAAUCUUUCUCCUUCAUCUCCUCACCGGUAAAAGUCCAUCCGGUAAUGAGGACAUAGAAUCUGGAGUCGACGGAAGUUUUGUCAAUUGGGCAAGAUGUUCAUAUACCGAUUGCCAUAUCGAUAAAUGGAUAGACUCAUCCAUCGACACGUCAGUACAUCAUCACGAGAUUGUCUAUGUCAUGAACUUAGCUCUCAAAUGUACCGCCAUUGAUCCACAAGAGAGGCCUUGCAUCAAGAAUGUGUUGAAAGCAUUAGAGUCUACCUUUACUUCAACUUCUUUUUGUACUACUUAUUUUCCCAAGAUAUUAUCGUUGGCCUGA